AUGUCGUCGCCCAUGGCCAUCAACCCACCUCGGAGCAGGAUUCUCAGCAUCCUGUUUGCUCGCGUGCUGAAUCUAGGAGUUGCAAAAGAGAAAGCGGAAGAAGCUCUGGUGCCGCAAGUGCUUAGUCGGCGAGCGGUGGGCUCCAGGCUUACUCCCCAGAUCCGCUGGAAGAAGCUGCUCUUCGUGUUGCUUGCGACAUCUGCCAUCCUCGUGGGGAAGACCCGUUUUGAAGAGGCGUCGGGCAGCAACAAUGCUGUGGGUAGAAGAGAAGUGCCAGGAACGCGUCUCUGGACCGGUGGAGACUGCUCCUCCGGCCUGCGGUUAGAGGACAUGCUUCACAGGAACCUGGGAGGCUACGGCCCCGACAGCGGGGAGGAGAGCAUGAUCUUCCGACUCGUAGGUGGCAACGGUACAGAAGUUGAGAUGGUGAUGGUUGCGCUGAACAGUGAUUUCCACCUCUGGAAGCCCCAUAAGAUGGGAAUCAAGGACGGCUUCGGCGUUGUCACCACGUCUGGUUUAAGCAGGCUUGUGGCCAACGUGAGCUUCCGGUCGUCGAAGACGAAACACGCGGUGACGCUCCCUCAGCUUGCAUUAUCGUUUUAUGACAUUCACAUGAGGCAUAAGGUGAAUAGCAGGAAGGCUGUGAAGAUUCUGGAUGUGGUCGGCAACUGGACUGAUGUCGUCCGCACAAACAAUUCAGUUGUUGCUCUUCAUCAGAACAUGACAGAGGGCAGCGUGACGUUUACUGCUACCGACCGCGGAGCCCUGGAGGAUCUCACAGACCCUGAGCAUAUCAGCCUGGCCCAUUUCAGCAGAGUUGUUUCUUUGCACUUCUCCCACGUCCACAGCUUCAAGCUUGAGCUUCAGAGCGGCGCGGGCAGCGGCCAUCAGCCCUUUCAGUUCACAGCUGAAGCGGCCGUACUCUGCGCGGCAACUCCUCAGGGACAACAUCCAGCAGCAGACUUCAUUCAGAACCAUCAGCUGCAGGAGUCUUUGCGCGAAGAGCAUGGAGAAGUUGCCAUUCGCGCAGGGAAAGCUGCCUUUCAAAGCUGGCUAGUUGCCCCAGGUGAUGUGGUGGACGAGAGUGAUAGAGAUGCCUUACAGCCCGGCACAGCUUUGAUGGUGAUCAAGCUUAAGUCCAGGAUACCCUGGACUCUGCUUGCUUGGGUCAUGGGUGGAUGUGGCUGCGCGGCCGUCAUCGUUGCUAUUGUGUGCUGUUCCUCUUCGCCAUCGAAGCCACCACCGCCACUGGUUGUGGGAGAGAACGAUGCUGUAGUCCUAGAGUUCCGAACGCCAACGGGCUGGUUGCAGACAGGCAUAUGGAGAAACAAGCCUUUGGGUUUGGGCUUCCAUCAGUCCCUGCCCGCCGUUGUGGCCUACGUCAGCGAGGACGCAAUGCAGUAUGGGGUGGUUGAGGAUGACGAGCUCGUGAGACUCGGCACCGAAAGCCAGGGACUGCGGCCUAUCUCGCACAAGUCUUACGAGGAGUUCUGGACGCAGCUGUGUGACUUAGUUUCGCAACUUCCCGAAGUGCCGCGCCUGAUGCUGGAGUUUGAGACCUCCCAUGGGAUUCACCGGCAGAUCGAGUGGAAGACGAAGCCAUUAGGGGUGUCCUUCGACCAGGUCAUGCCGAUGAAAGUGACCGAAGUUCACGAGGAGGCCUUGCAUUUAAACAUUAAAGUGGGCGAUAAGCUCAAGCGCUACGGCUUAGAAACCAACAACCUGCAGACCACAGAGGGCAAGACCUUCGAUGAGGUCUUCAGUGACAUCUCUGGUCACAUGGCAAACUUCCCCACAGCCAUUCGCAUGAUAUGCGAGUUUGAACUGCCGGACAAGACCGUGAGAGAGUUCAUGUGGCAUGCGAAGCCUUUAGGCCUUGCCUUCGGCUCUGACUCGCCACCGGUGGUCUCGAAAGUCACCUUUCCUGCAGAUAAGAAGGGCGUGAAGGAAGGAUACAUCCUCAGGCGAUUCGGAAGCGAUUACCGCAUGAUGGAGGCGACAGAGGAUAGAAGCUACAGCCGCACCAUGGCGGACAUUCAGAAGUUCGAGAAACUGCUUCCGGACGCGAGAAGCGAAGUGGUGGAUGCAUGGUGA